CUUCGCACAUUCACUGGACGCUCCGAGGUCGCUCGGCGGGACUUGUUCGCGCUGCCAGACCAAUCACUGCCCCAUCGAUAACCAUCACGUCGACGCCCGCGAGUGAACUGUACAUAGACCUCGCAUCGCCAUGUCUGUCCCCUGGUUCACCAAGCUCAAGUCGUUCAUCCGCCGCGUACUGGGACUCCACAUGCCUUCCAUCCUCGAUGCUGUGUUUGGUGGUCAAGGAGGCCGCUUCGAGACACUGUCUGUCCAUCGCGCCUUGAACUCGUACAUAAUCACCGUGUCCCUCAUAGUGGACGGCACCCUCUCUUACCCGGACUCUUCUCCGCGCAUCCGCACCAUACGGCUCAAGAAGUGCCUUUCAACCGCAGAACACGAGUAUAUCCUCGUCGAGCUCGUCAGCGGCAACGGACCGUUGGCGAGCGACGUUGUCAUCGGCGAGCUCAAGGUCGAACGCUCAUACGACCGGGUCAAUGGCAAUGCACUCAUGAACUGUCUCGCGGACUCCUCCGCCUCCUCCUCCAUUUCUACUCCUUCAGGCACCGACUCCUCCAUCAAGGAACCUAUUCCGGCGAGGGACUCGGCCACCUUCCAGCCCCAAAACACCCGCGCCGAUACAACCGUGUUUUUACACACGUUCGACGAGGCGUCUGCGCCUUCCGUCUUGGACCUCCUUGUCGCCGCCAACACCCUCAACGUCCAUUCGCCGCACUACAUACUCUUUCAACGCCAAUGUUAUUGGUUCGCAGGGAUGAUCCUCCGCAUACUUCUUGGCGACAUCGACGCCGACCCUAUAGUACUGCCCGAGGCGGCGGACACACCCUUCUCUCCUGCAUACGUACCGCCCACGACGGUUUCGAAUCCUGCCGAACCCGUCGAACCUGCCCAGCCUGUCGAGCCUGCCGAACCAGUCCUCGCGGGAGCGGCGGGGACGUUCAAGAAGCUGUUCACGAUCGUCACGAAGAAAGAAAUCGACUCAUUGUACAACCGCGAAAUCAAGCAAUUCUACCAGUCGAAGCGAGCGGAAGUCGACGAGCAGCUGAGGGCCGCACACGAGCGCCCCGCACGCCAGUUGCAGGAAGCUGCGCGGGCGGCGCGCGAGGACACCGCACGCCAGGUGGAGGAAGCUAAGCGGGCGGUGCGUGAGGAGACCGCACGCCAGGUGGAGGAAGCUACGCGGGCAGCGCGCGAGGAGGCUACACGCCAGGUGGAGGAAGCUACGCGGGCAGCGCGCGAGGAGGCUACACAGGCGAUGCUCGAGAUCGCACGGAUGCGUGACGAAAUCGCUCGUCUCAAGGCGGCUUAGACUGAAAGGUGUGGGGCCCCGCCUCACGCUCGGUGAGACGGUGCUCCGCCCAUUCGGCCCUCUUCCUGUGACCUCAAGCUGCUGCUACCCGCUACACAAUGUGUUCCUCCGGGUCGUCGACACACUGCAUCUAUGCCCCAACGUCUAUUUCCCAUCUCCGUCGCAUCCUGUGCUAUGUUGAAGUCGGUACGCCGUUGCUCGUCGUCGUGUAUAUCCCAGUGCUGCUUCUCCUCGUUCCCUUUGCCCCCGACACGACUCAUGUUCAAACAAGCUGCGUUCACUUGGUCGCCAUGUUUCCCCUGAUCCCCCCUGCUUUCUCGUUGUCUUGUUUUCCGAACUCCAUAUCCCG